UUGCCUCUCCUUGUUUGUCUUUGAUUUGUUGAUUUUUUCCAAAGAGAAACAAGAUAAUAUUGCCUGCGCAGGGAGUACUCUUUGUUUAUUCCUCUUCGUUUUUUCAACAUGAAAAAAAAAAACACAUGGGAAACCCUGAUCUUGGUUGGCGACUGUCUUCCUCAAAAACUAACGUACCGGUAGGGCCCAUAAGCAUCACAAAUAACAACAAACCGUACCGGUACCUGCAUGGUAUUCAAAAUGGCUUCUAUAAACGUGAGCAGAAACCUCCUAGCUCCUGGAAUCAAGUCCUUUCGAAGCUUUGUACAAUCGGAGCUCAACGCGCUUCGCCAAACCCCCAUCCUUCUGAUUAGCAGCGAGGUUGGUGCAUCGUCCCCGAAUCUAAAACCUGUCGCCGAUUCGUGCCAAUGGGUGAGGUUCACGCUUGGCCAACAGUUUGGCAUGCGCACCGUUCCGACGACGAUUUCAUCGGCAUUUCCGACAAAAGACUCACUGGAUCAGACACUGGAGUUGAUGCAACGGACGGGAGCAUCUUCGGUUGUCUCGGUUGGCAGCGGAGCUGCAAUGGAUCUGGCAAAAGCCGUGGCAACGACGGUCCAGGCGGACCAAGAAAAGGAGAUCCCCCUCAUUUUAAUACCCGGAACAUAUGGUGGGCUGYUGUCGGCCGGAGCUAGCCAUUCUCUUUUUCUCGACGGCGACGAAGACACUCUGGUGCCCCUUCCGCACAGGCAUCAGAAGAUUACGGCAACCGUCGAUGGCACAAACGACAAUAGUAGCAAGUGUGCUGCAACCGUGGCUAYGCUGGAUUCACAAAARUACAUGGAGCACUUGGACGAAGAGAAAUUCGAUGUGUUGUUGCAUGCAGUAUCCGCUAUAAUACUAGACGCAGGGUCGAGAAAGAGCAURCAACCGUCACUGCCAAACCUGCUCCAGGCGACAAUAGAUCUAAUUGCUUUGAGGAAUUCUCCGGAAUGGGACAAAAAGGGGARGUUGAUGGAAGCUAUUCCAUCCUUAUCUAGUCURCUCUACCAGUCUGCUGGCUUGAUUUCGUACGGUCUGAGCGACGGUUUUGAAGAAGAAGACGACCGAUCCAUCACGAUUGCCUUGGGGUCGUCGUUGAUUCCAACACUAUUUCCAGAGACACAUCCGCUUUCCUUCCUUGCGAGUUUAGUUCCUGGCCUCUGCCAUUAUUAUUCCCUACAAGACGAAAACGCAACAACAGGUGGCAACGAUCGUGUUCGCGCAAAUUUUCGAACACUUGUACAGCAACUGCAAGAGCGACCGUCVCCGCCUCUAGAAACGAAGGACGAGUCUCUGCAAGGGUUUUCCGUACCAGAUAUGGCUGUAUCACAAAUACAAGCGAACCAAACAGUCUGGAAACCAUCGGAUGUAUCCGAUGAUGUAUUGCUACAAGUACUUCAACAUAGUCUGGAACAUUAAUUACAUAUUAUUUACUGUUCUCGGCUAAACAUAGUACGUGUGUACCUGUCCUGUUCUACAAUCUUCAAAACGAAUCUUCUUUGGAGGCUCUAUUGGAUUGUAAUCAGUGUAGAGUGUGUCAGCAUCGUCCUCGUUGCCGUCGCUACUACCAGCGUUACGCAGCUGUAGAAGACAACUUCUGACUUCUCUGUCUCCGGCUUCCAUUUCCUGGAUGUCCAUUGUUGGGUAUUGACUAAAAAUAUUUCUACCAG